AUGGAAGCUCCUCCUGUCCUGGCGGUACGCGCCGCAGGAAGCUUCUCCUCUCAGACAGAGACAAUCCGUCCAUAUAUUCCUUCGAGCGUUGUCGUUCACAGUAGCGAGCCUCCUGCGAAACAACCUCAACAACCUCAACAGCCGACUGGAGUGCAACCGCAACAUGGGGCAACAAACUCAUCUUCGACCCAGAACGAUGCCGCUGGCACCGGCACCGGCACCGGCACGCUGGGAUCUAGUACCAUUUCUAAUGGGAUUGAUUCUGCAACCCCAAAUCUUGACUACAUGACGUUCGAUCUGACAUCAGACACGGGCGGUAACACGCCGAAUGAUUCUACCUCUACUUCUUUUCCGUCUGCAUCCAGCAAUGGAAAGUCCAGCACGCCGUCAACGGUCGUAAAUUUCACGUCGUCCGCUACAUCUUUGAGCUCUGCUACAUCUUUAGCGUCUACGAGAGCCGAUACGCCAGACCAAACCAAGUUUCGCCCUCGUUCUUCCAUUCCGUCACGCCUUCCGACCGCAGUGUAUGCCCAGCAGUGUGUAGCGGCAGCAUAUGCGUCGAGGCUCAAUCCCUACGCCCUUCACCACAAGGAGCAAGAAGCGUUGCAGGACUAUUUGUGCCACCUUCAUGUCACCGUCUACCUCAACAUCCGCAACGGGAUUCUCCGACUUUGGACCUGCAAUCCCAUGCUUAGUGUGAGCAGGGAAGAGGCUUUGGGGUGUGCCAAAGACUACCGUUGGAUGAACCUUGCUUCCUUUGCCUAUGAAUGGCUUGUACGGAACGGGUACAUCAACUUCGGUUGUCUCCAGAUCCCCGAGACUCCGGUGCCCCCGAAAAUGGGUCGCUGGAGUGAAAGUCCUGUGAUUGUUGUCAUUGGGGCAGGGAUGGCGGGCUUGGGAUGUGCCCGGCAGCUGGAAGGAUUCUUCAAACACUACCACGACAAGUCCACAUCUCCGCGUGUUGUUGUGCUUGAGGGUAGGCGAAGGAUCGGCGGGCGGAUAUACUCACAUCCUUUACAAAGCAAGUCGUCCACAUUGCCACCGGGAUUUACUCCAAAAGUCGAGAUGGGUGCCCAAAUCGUUGUCGGGUUCGACCGCGGGAACCCGUUAGAUCAGAUCAUCCGAGGCCAACUGGCUCUUCCUUACCACAUGUUGCGUGACAUUUCUACAAUUUACGAUAUAGAUGGGACUCCGGUGGACGAAGUGCGGGACGCAACAGCAGAAAGACUCUACAAUGAAGUGCUUGAUCGCUCUGGCGAUUACAGGUACAAGUCGGUGAUAGUACCUACGGCGCAGGGCGAGCGCGAUUAUAUCGACUCAGGGCGUGACAUGACGGCAAGCGAUGGUGUGACUGUGAGGCAGUAUGAGGAGGCGCGAAGGGCAGGUACCAUUGGCCUGUUGUUUCCGGCGAAACGCAUUCGCCGCGGUGUAGGUCACAAAACUGCUGAUCUUAAAACUGCGGCUGUUCCAUUAGCGGACGAUGAUGAGGCGGAAGAGAACGCAGCUAUUCUUGCAUGCGAAGCUAUGGGAUGGAAGCUCAAACAUGGGAACUCAGCAGAUCCGAGGUUGGAUCUAGGCCCCAUUGCUAAGGCGUCGAAGUUUCAGACAUUGGGUAAAACGAUGGAUGAGGGUGUCCGUCAAUACCAACGCAUGCUACCAUUGACUCCCAAGGACUUGCGGUUGAUGAACUGGCACUUUGCGAACCUCGAAUACGCGAACGCUACCAACAUCAACAACCUCAGCCUUUCCGGGUGGGACCAGGAUAUGGGAAACGAGUUUGAAGGAGAGCAUUCCCAGGUCAUUGGAGGAUACCAACGGGUUCCUUACGGGCUAUGGUCCUAUCCCACGAAACUCGAUGUUCGAACAAACAAGAAUGUUUCUCGCAUUACCUACGACUUUCACGGCUCAAACAAGCACAAAACGGUCGUACAUUGCGAAGACGGCGACUCCAUUGCGGCCGAUAUGGUGGUUUACACUGGGUCUCUUGGAACUCUGCAACACCGAAACGUCCAAUUCUCCCCACCUCUUCCUGAGUGGAAAUGGGGAGCUGUUGACCGUCUUGGUUUUGGGGUGAUGAACAAGGUUAUAUUGGUUUUCGACAAGCCCUUUUGGGAUGCUGAAAGAGACAUGUUUGGCCUCUUACGCGAACCGACAAACAAAGAUAGCAUGGUUCAAGAGGACUACGCUGCCAACCGGGGCCGCUUCUACCUGUUCUGGAACUGUAUGAAGACCGCAGGACUUCCAGUCUUGAUAGGUCUCAUGGCCGGCGAUGCCGCUCACCAGGCCGAGCGCACGCCUGAUGCUGAAAUCAUUGCUGAAGUCAUGAGCCAGCUACGUAACGUCUUCAAGCAAACGGCUGUUCCAGAUCCUGUAGAAACAAUCAUCACUCGCUGGGCUAGCGACAAGUUCACUAGAGGCACCUACUCCUAUGUUGCAGCGGAGGCACUUCCAGGUGACUACGAUCUCAUGGCUAAACCAGUCGGCAACCUCUACUUCGCUGGCGAAGCCACCUGCGGCACCCAUCCAGCAACCGUCCACGGCGCAUACAUCUCAGGGCUCCGAGCCGCAUCCGAAAUUAUCGACUCAAUCCUAGGCCCAAUAUCAGUCCCUAUCCCUCUCGUCCCAGAAAAGGGCAAAACCACAAACUCAGCCAAUUCCAAUGGAACUCCAAUCACCACCCCGCACAUCCCACUUGACACAGAAGUCAACACUCCAGAAAUCCCACCUCAGCAACAAACCCGCCCCACAACUUCAGCUACCAACUCAUUCGCUUCCAUCUGCCGAGACGCCUACGAACAAGCCGAGAGCGCAGCCGUCAUAGCUCAAACCGGCAAACCCAUCGACCGCCCCAACCGUGUCGGCAUAAACCCCUUCAUCCUUUACCAGAAGGACUGGGCGCAAAAAGCCCGCGACGACUGCGACGCCGAGCACCAAGCCAAAACAAAUGACCCCAAUGCAAAGGCGCCUCGGGAUACGGUCCGCGCCGUGCUAGGCCAGAUGUGGCGGCAGGCGCCGGAGGACGUGAAGCGUCCGUAUCUCGAGCAGGCGGAGGUGAAUCGGCAGACGAGCGCGGAGAUCGCGGACAAGUGGAGGAGGGAUAAUGCGGAGUGGGAGAGGAAGAACGCGACUGCGAGGAAACGCUGGCGUCAGGAGAAUCCGUUUGAUCAGUGGGUUGCGGCGCACUUUGGCGAGCCGCCGAGGAAGAAGGUUGACUCGACGAAUAAGGAGUUUGUUUCGGUAGCUACUCCUGCUACUACGUCUACUCCCGCUACUGCUACUGCUCCUGUUCCUCAUCAGCCUGCGGUGUCAUCAGGUUUGGCUGGGAUGUCUACUCCUGCUACUCCUCUUCCUCAGUCCGGGACAUCGUCUGGGCCAGCUGGAAUAUCUAGUAAUCCUGUUUCUGUCCAGCCUGGGGCAUCUUCUGGAUUAGCUGGGGCAUCUACUCGUAUUCCUGCUGCUGCUACCCCUUCGGCUCCUCGUCCGUCAGGGCCGCCAUCUGGAUUAGCGGGGACCAGCGCGCAGAAUACGAACACUUCUUCGAAUUCGAAUAGAAUUGCAACCACAACCCGAACCCCCAAUACGAAUGCGAAUUCGAAUGUUCCUACUUCAAGGACAAGCCUCGCAGCACCAAUGCCGUCCACUAACCCGCUGAAAGCGAACGGGUACAUGAGCGCGAAUCCAAACAAGAAUUGGAAUCCAAACGUCCCUCGGCCGUGGAUGGGCUCGGCAGCACGAAUGCCCUCCGCUAGUACGCAGACCAUGAACGGGUUGAGGAAUACAAAUGCGAAUGCGAAUGCAAACGCAAAUCCAAACGCCCGUCCGAAUCCGACUCCGACUCUGACUCCGAAUACGAGCUCGAAUGUCGCUACAUCAAGGACUGGUCUGGCAGCACCGGCGCCCUCUGCUAACACACAGAACGGGAUUAAGAAUUCGUUCCCGAAUCUGAAUUCGAGUGUCCGACCGCCAGGGACGCUUGGGGCACCCAUUCGCCCUGCUAACGCGCAGAAUACGAGCGGGUAUCGGAGUGCAAAUACGUUCACGACGUCGAAUAGCCCUAGACCGGGGACAGGCCUCAAAUCACCAAUGCCCUCUUCUAGCACGCAAAAUGCGAACGGGUUCAAUAAAAAUGCGGCUCCGUCUCCAAAUCCACGUGCGAAUUCGAAUGCCCCGGGGACAGCGAUAAGUCGCUCGCCAUCAAUGCCUUCUGCUAGUACGCAUAGUGCGAACGGGUUCAAUAGGAAUCCGAACUCGAGCCCAAAUCCAAAUGCGAAAACCGCUUCUGCGGGGAUAGGCCGGUCACCAUCGAUGCCCUCCGUUAGCACACAGAAUACGAACGGGUCCAAUAAGAAUGCACGUCCCGGCCCAAGUUCAUAUGCGCAUAUUCCGGGGGCAGGAAUAGGCCGUUCGACAUCAAUGCCCUCAGCCAGCACGCAGAACGCGAACGGGUACAAUAAAAAUACGAAUGCGAACCCUAGCCCGAACCCAGCUGCGAAUGGGCCUUCUUCUGGCAUAGUCCGCUCACCGUCAAUGCCCUCAGCCAACACGCAGAACGUGAGUCUGUGUCGAGAUGGGUGUAGACAUGCAAAUCCCGGGAGUCCGAAUCAAAAGCCGGAUGCUCCCGACCCAGAAUCCCGUCGUGCAGCACCCUCGCCCUCUGCCAGCACACAACUCACGAACGAGCUCAACAAGACGAUCCCGAAUUCGAGUUCGACUUCGAAUCUGAAUGGGAAUGGCAAUCUCAAUGGACCUAGAUCAGGGACGGCCCGUGCACCGACAAUCUCAACGCCAGCGCCGAUGUCGGUGCCGAAUAUGUUCUCCUCUUCCACGGGUGCCCGACCUCGAACGAAUAGGUGGUGGUCGCCGUCGUAUCUGGGUGGGCCAUAA